AUGGCCUCUAAACAGAACCAAGUACCUUUCCAUAGCACUGCCAACAUAAGACACUCUCAGAGUCAUUGGCGUAGAGACUCGGGAACAACUUUUGCAGCACGAAAGAUUGAAGUGGCGUCCCUAGUUAUUCGGUCGACCACCCAACAACCCUUGUUUGCCGACCAUCGUCUCAGCACCACGCGUGCCACACACACACACCGCCCAGCAGAUGCGUUCGAUCAUCUACUAAAUACAACCCGUUCAGUUCUUCAACAGGCAAAGAAAUCAGAACGCAAGACGGUCCAGUUCAGUGACAGAGACCAGGUCUAUGAAAUCGAGAGAUAUGAGUCGCUUAUUGAACCAGAAACACCUAUGGAUGAGACGGAUGAGAUAUUUAGUACCGGAAACGAUUAUCACAGCGAUACCUCGGCAGAAAGUCAAAGUGAAAGUGAAACCGAAACCGAAAUCAAAAUCAAAAUCAAAAUCAAAAACGAAAAAGAUAUUAUUGGAAUUGAAAGCUUGAGUGAGAGCGAGAGUGAAAGUGAAAGGGAGAGUGAUAAUGAACUUCUUUCUGAAGCCGCUAGUCUAAAGUCCAUAUUAUAUUCAUCGUCACACACUCCCCACAGAGUACCAAAGAAAAUCAAAGAUGAUCUGUUGAUCGAGUUUGCCAGACUCAAACAGAGCAGACGUGCCCACUUCCAGGAAGUAUCCGAACCCCGGGAACCCAAGCCUUUGACCGAUAACUAUUCUCUCGAUCUGAUACAGCAACAGAUUAUGGAAGCCAUCGAAAGAGCCAAACGUUUCAACCUACAAUCCCAACCUACACCUACAAAUCCUACAAAUCCUACCAAACCUCAACUCACCAUUGCACUCGAGCCUAAAAUUGAACCCAAAAGCAUUCCGAAACUAGACAUAUAUCACUAUGAUAAUGAUAACGAUAAUGAUAAUAGUAGUAUAUCUUUUUCUCGACCACUGCUGACAAAAGAAUCAUUUUCAGACCCAGACACGGUUGUGUACAACCGUCGACCACCCAACAUACGUAGCUUUAGCACAAGUUCCAGUAUAGCUAGCUCCCUAUUAAUAAUCGAAGAAACCCCAGAGGACAACAAAGAAGAUGGCUCUAAUAUCUCGAUCAGCUCAUCUGAGCCUUCAACACAAAGCAUAAAUGAACCUGAAGUGUCAGAGACAUCGUGGGAGGAUACUAAGCCUCACGUGUUGGCAUCCUCUUCUGCUGAGCAAAAUUAUAACGAUUCAUUGCUUGAAAGUCCAGCUGAUUGUGGUACUACUUUUAACACGAUUAAUGCCACCACAGCCAGUAUAACUACUAGUACAGCUGGCACUACUAUUGGAACACUUGAUUCUGAUCCAACUCAAGACCUUCCAUCACGUGCCUCCACGCCAUUGACAUAUUCUGAAUCUGUCAGUACCGACCGCACACGAACCUACAGUCAGGAUAUAUUACCAUUUUAUGAUGAGUCUAUAUCUACCUCUUCCAUGAACUUGAAACUCUUUCCGCUCGGACUUUACAACAAACGAUCCAUAGAAAGUCUAUCAGGAAUAGAUGAGUCAGUCUACAAAGGCCGCCUUUACAUCAAGAUAGAUGCUGCAAAAGACCUUGAUUUUCCCGUAACAAAAGAUUCUCCCAAGAUUCGAUGUGUUUUAAAUAAUGGUACAAAAGAACAAGCAACAGCGUAUUGUCCAAUGAAGCACACCAUUGCAUUUCAGCAAGAGUUCUACAUGCACGUAACACUAGAUGUAGAUGUGACAUCCGAGUUCACAUUGGUACUUCAAGCUCAAGAACCAACUCCAUCGCUUCAGGCAUCCCGCUAUGAUCAAUCGUUAAGACGUUUGUGGGAUCAGGCCAUAAAUACUCGCACUACAGAUGCUUUACAGCGAUAUAUCCGGCCAAUGGACAGAGCAAUUGCACAAGCCCGAAUAUCUAUCAAGAACAUUGUAUCUCAAGCUAGUUCCAGCUCAUUUUCGGCCUCCAUUGCUCUCGUAAAUGGAUGGUACCGGAGUGCUGGAAGUAGUCUUUUGGGAAACAAGCUCAAGAAACGUAGUAGUUUGAUAGGCCAAGAAAAAGCAGUUGGAAAAAUGGAAGUUCAAUUCUUCUUCUUACCUGAUUCUGACGUAGAGAUGGACAAUCUUCCAUCUACAAUGAACGAAUGCGAAGAAGCCUAUUCUAUUCAAAAAUUCCAUCUUACAUGUUGGAAGACAGGUUCUAUGACUCAAUUUGGAGGAGAUGCCAAGUCAUGGCAAAGACGUUUCUACAGAUUAGAAGGCGGGUAUUUGAUUGCUUGUGAUGAAUCCUCACAUACAUUUGUUGCUAUAAUCGAUCUCUCAAAAGUCAUCCUUCUGGCAGUCAACCACAAAAUAAUUAUUCAUGCCAGUGAACCACAGCAACACAAACGAUCUUCAUGCUAUACCUUUGGACAUUAUACAAAAUCUAGCACUUCUCUCUUGCCACAUCUCUUACAUGCUACACUUGAACAAUCCAACAAGACAAUUGAAAACGGGUAUGGAUAUGGGAGCGAAUACGAAUACGGAAAUGAAGAUAGUGGUGGUGGAAGAGAUGAUAACAAUAACAGUAUUAAUAGUAAUAGUAAUAACGAUACCGACACCGACACCGACAAAAGUAGUUUCCAAUGUGUAUUUGGAAACGGUGAUAAGAUCGAAUUCUCUUGCGAUUCUCAAAGGGAUUGUGAGCGAUGGCUGGAUGUGCUCAAAGUAAUCAUUGGACGAGUACCCACUUGGCCAAAAUGGCUCAAAAGUAGUGAUUCUUAUCAGAUACCUCAACUAAAUACCACAUUAUCUUGA